CUUCUGCUGUUCACUGAACAAAACUUCACAAUCAUUGAGUCACAUGCUUCACAGGCUGCUCAGUGUCUUCCCUCUUUAAUCCAUUUUUGACAGGUUCAUUUUAACGAUGGGCAUUUUUAUUCUCAUAAUCCUUGCGAUCACACCAGGUGUUUGGAGUAGAGAUUGGAGUGUGACCCUGGGAAAUCAGUGUGCACUGAUAGGCUCAUCGUUGGUUCUGAAGUGUGAAUACGAUUAUCCUUAUGGUCAUGUGGUCAAUGCCGUCAGCUGGUCGAAGGUCCUGCAGGUGGACGGGGAACUGAUGCGUGUUCCCCUGUCAGAGCUACCUGAACCUCCGGACCAUUUUAGAUACGUGGGGAACUACCAUGGCCUUUGUAACCUCAGGAUCAACGACGUACGACCUGCUGAUCAAGGACGCUACUACUUCAGUUUUGUCACGACGUUCAACAGAUGGAGGAGUAAAGAUUAUGCUUUUUUAUUUGUGCGAGAGCUAACCGCUGUCUUGGUGCCGAGCACCGUGUCAGAGGGAGAAAGUGUUCGUCUGAUCUGCAGGUCAGGUUGUGGAGGCUCUCCAUCCACAGUGUGGUUCAGGGAUGGACAACGCGUCCAGGAGUCAGACUUUCAGGUCAGCAGAGAGGAUGCUGGGAAAUACCACUGUGCCAUCCGGGGACAAGAGUCAGUCAUAUCGGCCUCUGUUACUCUGAAUGUUCAAUAUGCCCCAAAGAAUGUGACACUGUUGAUGCCAGAAAAAGUGAUCGCUGGGAGUUCAGUGACGAUCACCUGCAGCAGUGAAGCCAACCCCGCUGUGACGCCUGAAGGAUACAACUUGUACAAGGACGGACAGUUGAUCGUGUCUGGACAGAACGUAACCAUCGCAGACGUCCGGCCCAAUGACACUGGACUGUACCACUGUACAGCGUGGAACAACAUCAUGGGUGAGGACGUGACGAACUCCACAGAGGUUUACCUCGAUGUCCAGUAUGGACCAACAACCAUGUUAGUUUCAAUGAAUCCACAUGAAGCUGCUGAGGGCGGCAGUGUGAAUAUGACCUGCAGCAGCGACGCCAACCCUGCGGCGGACAGCUACACCUGGUACAGACAGAGCGACUCUAACAGCUCCAGCUCCAUGCUGUGGGUGGGCUCAGGGAAGGUGCUGACUCUUCACUCGGUGGAGGCUUCAGAUAAAGGAGUGUACGUCUGCCAGGCCAGGAACAGUGUGGGGGAGAGGAACUCCAGUGGGCUGCUGCUUGUGACCGUAAAGAAGGAGCACCAUGACAGUCAAUUUCAACCAAUGAUAAUUGGACUGGCAGCUCUGGCUGCUGCGGUGGCUGUGAUGGCUUUACUUCUGCUGAUCUGGAAGAAGAAAAGUCAAGCAAAAGCAGAAAAAAAAGCUUCCCUUGAAGACGAUCAGCUUGACAACGUUUACGCCAACCCCAUGGAGACAUGUCCACCGUCUCCCUCUGCUCACUCUGCUCUUCGUUCACAGCGGGAAUCAGUCCAAAUCUACGAUGCUGUAUUAUCUGAUGAAGAUGACGUUACCUACACAACAGUGACCAUCAAACCCAGGAAUCCUGAUCACACAAAUAAUGACAAGGCGUCCUGUCCAAAAGAAGCAGAAAGAGAGGAAGCCGUGAUCUAUGCUACUGUGGUAAAGUCCAGCUGAUGCUGAUUUAAAUUCAAGUGCAAAACAGUCAAACCAGCCUUGUUAGACUGCCGUAACGCUGUUCGAAUUGUGUUUUCUUCGUGUAUUUAUGAUGUAUUUAUUGUAAUUUAAAUGUAUUGUAAAUAAUUGAGUCGUUUUUAUAAAGUAUGAGGGCGAAUGUUAAAGAUGUAAGGCACAGUAUUCGAGUCACGUUUUAUAUCGGAAUGUAAUAAAAUUGUUGUUUUACUAUGAACAA